AUGCAGAGUGUUGUGGAGGCAGAGGCUGUGACAGUGAAGCCCCCAGUGUUUCUGCAGCUGGGAGACUCCAAAACAGAUGCAGCAAAGUCUGGUGUCUGCAUCGUGGACGUUACUCUUCCAUUUGGGAAAUCUGUUAAUAUUGAGGAAAUAAGAUUUAAGAACUAUUACACCGCCUCUGUGACUGUGCGUUUGCUGAGGAAGGUCCCAGGACAGGAGGCUCCGGCAAAGUGGGUCACGGCUCUGAGGGACCUGGCUCUGAUGGACAACCCCCACACAGAAGGAGGCUCCCAGGACUAUUGCUCCAUCUCCAGAGCUCAGUUGCAGGUGGUUCCUGAUCAUGUGAUGUCUGUCAGAUUCAUCCUGAGGCAGCCCUCCUCCGUCUGGGUGAACUUUAACCUUGAAGAUAUCAAAAUAUAUCGCCACACAGAAGCGGAUCAGAAGAAGGAGGUUUCUGAUUUGCUGUCGGACCUGACCCUUGUUGACUUUCACCCAGAUCUGGAGGGCCUUCCGGAUCCCUCCACCGUGUCCUCCAGCAUCCAGCAGAUGUGGGCUCUGACUGAAGUGAUGCUAACAAACCAGACCUCUGCUUCCAUCGGACGAUUUGAAGUUGAUGGAUGCUACGACAUUAACCUGCUGUCAGUGCCAUGA